UUAUUUGUCCACUUUCAUUUUGGGAAAUACCAGUUUUAUUUCUAUUUUUAUUUUUAAACUCUUCAGUGUGAACCCCAAAAAACAAAGCUCCAAUUUGACGCCUAUAUGGCCACCAGAAUCGACGGCGAUUUAUCCCGAAACAUCGCCCGCGACCCGACCCGAAUACCCAAUCACUCACUCUUUCUUAGCAUCCUCAGUCCUCGCUCCAGUCCGGGUUUUUAAUAGUCUAGACACCAUGGAUGAUGUAAUUGAUUUGACUGGCGAUGGAGGUGUUGUUAAGAAGAUCAUAACUCGAGCCAAAGCUGGUGCUCUUGCUCCUUCUGAGGACCUUCCUAUGGUUGAUGUUCAUUAUGAAGGUACUCUUGCUGAAACUGGUGAAGUUUUUGAUACUACACAUGAAGAUAACUCUGUUUUCUCCUUUGAGCUUGGGAAGGGCACAGUUAUUCAGGCUUGGGACAUAGCAUUGAAAACCAUGAAGGUUGGCGAAGUUGCAAAAAUAACUUGCAAGCCAGAGUAUGCCUAUGGAAGUGCAGGCUCUCCACCUGAUAUCCCACCUAAUGCAACCCUUAUUUUCGAGGUGGAGUUACUGUCCUGCAGGCCACGAAAAGGUUCUAGCCUUGGUAGUGCUUCAGAGGAGAGAGCUAGGCUAGAAGAGCUGAAGAAGCAGAGGGAACUUGCUGCUGCCGUGAAGGAAGAAGAAAAAAAGAAGAGAGAAGAAGCAAAAGCUGCUGCUGCCGCCCGUAUUCAAGCCAAGUUAGAGGCCAAGAAAGGUCAAGGAAAAGGGAAGGGCAAAGCCAAAUAGUUGCUUAUCGCACACUAAUAUAAAGAUUAUAUUUGAUGAUUGGACUAAUAAAAUAUGUAUCAAACUUAUUUUCCAUGUAAGCUCUUUUAAAUGGUGAUACUGGUUACUGUCAAUGUUGAAAAAGGGUGGCUACUACCCUUUUAUCCCUGCUACAUAGCUACUAUGUUGAAAAUUGCGAUAAGCUUAUAUACUUUGUUCAAGCUUU